AUGUCUCUCCCUCGAAGUGAUGAAGGCUUUAAUAAGCCUGGCGAGACGCCGGGCACCAGGAAAAGACGAUACGAUGAGGCUUCUAGAAGCAAUCUUGAACAAGACAGCACGAGAGUGACCCCCGAAUCGAGUCACAAUUUGUUCUCUCAACAGGCUCAAUCGUACGAGCGAAGCAACCAAGUCCAUCGGAGUGGCAUUGAACACAGAGCAAAGCCAAUUAAAACGGAAGACACCAAGAAUGGUUAUUCUUACGGUGAUAGACUCUCCUCUCGAGUCAGCCAUCAAUCCGCAUCUUCGCGCGGCCUGGAAGUGAACAGAGCUGCAAGCAGGGCCACGACAGAUCGAGAUGGACAUACAGACAGGGUACAGCAAAAACUGAUCCGAGAAAAAGAACGAAGUUCCAAACUGGAACAGGAGUUGAGGCAAGAGGACCAGAGCGGUGCCGAUGCAGAAUUGCAGCAUCAGAGGGAGCGUGAACGUUUGCUCACUAAGAUGAAUCACUUGCGCUAUGAGCUUCGAUCGAAGCAAACAGAGCUGGAGAAACAAAAGGAAAAGGUCAAACUGCUAAAGUUACAAGCUUUUGAGGACCGAGAAAAGCCGAAUCAAGUGAACUCCAGAGCCGUGUCCAUGAUGGCCGAAGACGUGUCGAGAGACAUGCCGGACGACACUGUCGCCAAUCUCCUCAACACUUUCUUCCAGGGCGAUUUUCUCUCCUGGUGCGCCGAAAUGUGCGUCGACAAAAUCGACGUGGACCAAGCAUCAGCACUCCCGCUCAACUUCAGGGGUCUCAAUAGGAGUGAUGCGUACGAGGCCUUGCCGCCGCACUUGAAGUUUGACUUUACUUUGCCAGAUGGAAGGAGCUCCUUUGUUCUCCUCCAGGCUGCCCUGUCUGAGAAGCUCGUUGAAGUAUUUUUGGACAGUCCAUACUUUCUCGAACCCACGGAAAUUGCUUUUCCAGAAGUCGAACAGUACCUAUACGAUGAGGCAAUCGAAUGGAGAACCAAGCUGGUCAAGAUUUUAGAGACUGUGGCACCCUUCCUGCUGGCAGACGCUACGCGCCUUGCCAGAGAGUUUGAGCAAGAGGCUCGGGUUCUCCUCAAGGAUCCGGAUGAGGAGUCACGCCGGGACCUUGCCGACUUGUUCGCCAAGUUUUCUGACAUUGCUAUCAAGCUUUGGAAGUCGCCAACCGAGAUCCGGAGCCGAACAAUGGUUGGAUUUCAAAAUUGCCCGUAUCGAAAGAGCGACCCUUGGACAGAAUGCGAGACAACGACGCUGGCUCAGCUCGGAGACCAAGUCAACGGCCGCCCCAUCGGAGUCGUCAUGCGACCCCUCAUCACGUCGCAGGCCAUCCAAAAACCCGGAGAAGAUUACGAUCCAUAUAGCUGUGCGGUGUGGUCCAAGGCCUUGGUUUGGGUGUCGAGCAAACCAGACCCGCACGAUUGA